AUGAGCUUCGGCUUUGGUGUCGGUGAUUUCCUGGCUACUUUGCAACUCGCCGAUGACUUAAAGAAGCGGUUCGCCCAGGCACCGAGUGGCUUCAAGGCUAUCUCCGGAGAUGUAAAAAGCCUAUGGGCGCUUCUUCAUGAUCUCAAUGAUAUUCCCAACGAAGGCCUCAGUACGACCCAGAAAAUGGAAUUGGAUAUAAUCGUCCAGCGAGGCCGCGAAGUCCUGUUGGAGAUUGAACACAAGUUGAGCAAAUACAAUGUCCUUGCCUUUGCAACUUCGGACUGGAAGACAAAGGCCGUCCGAGCAUGGAGUCGAGUGAAAUGGGACCCUGCAGAGGUGGACAGCAUGCGGAGUCGCAUCACUUAUUGUCUCUCGCUGUGGAAUUUAGUCAUGGGUAAAAUCAAUCAAGAUCUCACCUUGGAGAUUGGGGCAGGCAUUCAGUCCAUGAAGGGCCACCACGACAUGCAGCAGCGCAAUGAGACGCUUGCUUGGAUUUGUCCUGUUGACGUCUCGGAACAAAAGCACAGAAUUCUGAGCUCUCGGCGCGAAGGCACGGGUGAAUGGUUCCUUGAAAGUGAAGAAUUCCGUUGUUGGAUCUCUGAUGAAAAGAGCAAGGUUCUUCUCUGCACCGGGGCUCCUGGCGCUGGCAAAACGAUGCUUUCUUCGAUCGCAGUCGACCAUUUCCAGCAAGAGCUUGCCCACAAUAGCAGCGUCGCGGUUGCUUAUCAUUAUUUCAAUUACCAGGAACGUCUCGAAUUCACCGAGCUUCUGUCAAGCCUCCUAAGACAGUUACUUCAGGGAAAUCAACGCUUGUAUGAGACUAUCACCAAAAGACGCUACCUUCUCCCACCCAGGUCUACCCGUUUGACCAAAGAAAAUAUCAAAAAGGUUUUCGAUGUGGUGUUGUCUGAAUGCAGUGAAGUGCUGUUGGUUGUUGAUGCACUGGAUGAGUGCAACGACGUAUAUGUGAGGCGUCAAUUUCUUGCCUGGACUAGAAACCUCCUUGACCUUGGUGGUCGUACGAAGGUUAAACUCCUCGCGACUGCCCGACCCGGCGAUUAUUUUGGAACUCUAUCGUCUAGGGGUAUUACUUUGGAGGUCCAAGCCAACAGAGACGACAUGGAAAGCUUCCUCGACGGGAACCUCGACUAUCUCCCGGGUUUUCUUCGAAGGAAACCUGAGCUCUGGGGCUAUAUUCGAAACCAAAUUCUUGAAUCCGCUGAUGGAAUAUUCCUGCUCGUGCGUCUCUAUUACAACUUAAUCCUGGAUGAGAAGAAUGAAAGGAGAGUCCGAGCACUUGGAAGUAAGUUUCAGUCGGGCUCGGGGGCUUACGACCAUGCAUACGAGGAGACAUUGAAAAGGAUUAGCCUGCAAAGCUCCUUCUCUCAAGACCUUGCCAAAAGAGUGCUUGGGUGGAUCACCUUCUCUGCACGGCCACUUAGCGCUCUAGAGCUACAACAUGCUAUUGCGGUUGAGAUUGGUGAGCCCGAUUUUGACAAAAUGAAUGUCACGGACAUCGAAGAGAUAGUUUCUGCCUGCUGCGGCUUGAUCACGGUUGACAAAAGCAGCAACACGGCUAAGCUGGUGCAUCUUACUGCCCAGGAGUACUUGAAGCGGACGUGGAAGGCUUGGUAUCCAACAGUUCAUGAAUACCUCACUGACACUUGCCUCACGUACGUGUCCUUCGACGCCUUUGAUCCGAAAACCUUGUUAGAAAGUGGUUGUCAAGAGCAUCGACAGGAGUACCCGUUUUAUCAGUAUGCCGCUACUGAGCUAGGGAACCAUCUCCGCCAGAGCCUGGGCAGCAACACGCUUCUCGCUUCAUUCAUCAAGAAUGAUGUCAAGGUUUCACGGUGUAUGCGAGAAAUGUUCGGCCUGUCAGAUACUGCAUACGGACUUUCAGGGAUCCACCUUGCGUCGCUUUUUGGCCUAGAUCAGUGCAUGGAAGAACUUGUUGGCCCUGAGAGCAACUUUGUAAAUACUCGGGACUACCUUGGUCGCACACCCCUCACCUGGGCUGCAGGGUUUGGUAAUAGCGCAGUGGUCGAGUUCCUACUCGACCAUGGAGCCAUUGUCGACUCUGCUACAGCCGAGAACUUUACGCCUCUCUUCUACGCCGCAGCAUAUGGUCACCAUGAAGUGGCCAGGCUGCUAAUUGGCAGAGGUGCGAACGUUCAUUAUGAGACUGAAAACAAAGAAACUCCUAUAUUCUUUGCCGCGAAGAGCGGCGCUGGAAUUCGAGUCGGUCCUAUAUCCCUCGUCAACAUGGGCGAUCAUGCACAGGUGAUGAAAGUUCUACGAGAUGCAAGCGCCGAUAUCAAUCGAGAGAAUAAGCGAUGGGAAACCCCCUUGUUUAUAGCUGCGGCAAAUGGCAACCUGCGUGCUGUUGAACUGUUACUCGAGUGGGGUGCCAGGAUAAGCAGCACCGAUAAAUGGAAACACCAUGUAGCAGACCCCCUGACUGCUGCCGCGCAAAGGGGGCACGUCGAGAUAACCAGGCUUCUCCUUGUAAACGGUGCAGGCUCUCCCAGAUGUAUGAGGGACACAGACGUCUCCCCAUAUUUCUGGGGGCUAUCCUGUUUGACAAAGGCUGAAGUGGAAGGAGAUGACGAUGCGAUGGAAGCAAUCCUCAGAGAAUCGUGUAGUCCCGGCUUUCGAGACGAAUUCCACCGCCUACCAUUGCACUGGGCAGCAUCGCGAGGCGACAUUAGUCUCGUGCAGCGCAUCUUGAAGACCGGAUGCGACCCCAACCCCAGAGACAUAUUCGGACGAACACCCCUAUUCGCAGCCAUUUGCAUGGGUCAGGUUAAAAUGGUGGAAAUGCUGCUUGAGAUUCCCAACAUUGAACCCCAUAUUGAAGAUAAAUUGGGCUUUACUCCGCUUCAGGAGUCAUAUCGAAGAAAAAUAUACCUUAACGAUACCAGAUACAAUCCCUUUUACAUGCCAGGAAUAACUGAUGCAGGGGCCUGGGACAGGAUCACCGAUCUUCUGAAAGCCAAAGCCGGCUUACCUGAGGAGGAUCUAGUCCAUCAUUCGUCGGAACCGUAUGGCGAGGUAGAAGAAAAAGAGAGAAGGAAAACUAAAUGA